GGAUGCUCCGCUCGCGGCGCCCAGUGAAGUCCACGCCCUUUUGUACGUGUAGCCGACGUUUUGUAGAGUGUGAGUGUGGGAGUGAGUCUUGCACCUCGUGAGAAAUAGAUAGCUGUCCGUCGUGGAAAGAAAGGGAGCCUGUGUCAAAACCAAUCUACGGGCUAAUUAGGUAACCACCCCCCAACAACCGUCGACCAUGGACGAGAACUUCAUGAACUACAGCGUGAUCUUCGACAUCGAGCGCGGAUUCGACUUCGCCGAGGCGAAGGACUGGACGCGCGAGCGCCUCCCGCUCACCGUCUACUCUUCCCUCGUCUACGUCGUCGCCAUCUUUGCCAUCCAGUCGUACAUGAAGUCUCGGCCGCCGUUCGGGCUUCGCGCUCCGCUUGCCACCUGGAACUUCCUCCUCGCAGCGUUCAGCUUCUGUGGGGUCCUGAGAACCGUUCCCGAACUCGUGCACUCGAUCUCGACGUACGGCUACCCCUACACGGUGUGCAACGACGCCGUCCGGCACGGCAUCACCGGCUUCUGGACGUUCCUGUUCGUCGUCUCGAAGCUGGUGGAGCUCGGCGACACGCUGUUCAUCGUACUGCGCCGCGGGCGCCUCAUCUUCCUGCACUGGUACCACCACAUCACCGUUCUGAUGUACGCGUUCUACUGCUACGCGGACGGCAAUGCCGCCGCGCGCUGGUUCGUCUGCUGCAACUUCACGGUGCAUACGAUCAUGUACACGUACUACGGCCUCGUCGCGAUUCGCAUACGACCGCCGAGGUGGGUGAGCAUGGUAAUCACGUCGAUGCAGCUGUUGCAGUUUUUCGUCUGUUUCGGCGCGUCCCUAUAUCAGUACCACCUCAUCAAAAAGGGCGUCCCGUGCACCGGCACGCACAAGAGUCUCUACACGUCGUUCGUAUUGCUCGUCACUUACAUCGUCUUCUUCGGAAACUUCUUCUAUCAACGCUACUGCCGGGAGCCGUCGCUCAAGGCCAGGAAGCUGCAGUAACCCAUGCAACGGGAUGAUUCGGAAGCACGGCGUCAGGGAAAGGUUGUCACCGACAGAGGGAAAGGUCGUCGCCGGCGAAGGGAUGGCAUAGUCCUUUCCUUCCCCAACACCCCGUAGUCCAAUUUAGCGAGAUAAUCCAUUUCUGCCUCUUGGUCAGAACCGGUUCCCUGACUUUGAUAGGUAACUGAUGUACUCUGGUAACUAGACAGCUGGAUCAAUAGCUGAUAAUACCUAUUGAUAAAGUAAGGUGUUAUUAGCUGUUGUCUGGUUGUAUGCGAAAUUUUAAGUGAGUGUAAAGUCAUUGCGACAACGAAAUUCACGGAGAGGCACUGUCAUUUUCAAUGCGUGUACGUGCCAUGUUGGAGUGAUGAGAUGUUCGUAUAAACCUUUUUAAAGGGAUACUAGACUCUAGGAUUUUACUGCAUACAACUCUACUUACUGUAUAACAAAUCGUCUAUACCC